GACUAUAUAGUAGGUACGUCGAUAUCCGCGUUUUACGGAACCGAUAAAUGUGCUAAAAUUCUGUGCCACGUUUUUUGAACUUCGCAUUUAGAGAGAUAAAAUGAGUGAAGAGAUAAAUUAUGCACAAGCUAUUGAAAGCUUAUAUGAAAAAUUAAACACUAUGGAGAAUACAAUAAACAAUUUAGUUAACGCUUUGAAACCUUCAUCAAGUUCCUCAAUGAUUGUCCCAGCUACAACUACAGCUGUAUCUCCAAAUUCCAAUACUGUUGUUGCUUCAACUUUUAACAUAGCAGGCUCUUCAGUUGACAAUUCUGUGGUUAAAUCUGCCGAAAGCACAGGGUCUUCAGUUGUCAAUUCUGUGGUUACCUCAACAUCAAGCACAGCUAGAUCCCAAGAUACCCAAACUGUGGUUGCUUCAGCAUCAAACAUAGAUGUUAUGUGUGAAAGAAUUGUUGGGAGAAAUCUUUGCCAUGAAUGGUAUGAUUCCGAUACAGCAAUGACAGUCUUGUAUAAUGGCAGAGUAGAAAAACUUAAAAAAGCUCAGAAAGAUAUUAUAUACACUAUUUCUUACUGGACUAGAGAAGAAAAUGAUACUGAAGCAGUUGAUUAUUAUAUGAAAAAAUUCCAGCUAGUUGCUGACAUUGUAUCCGGUCAGAGGGGGAACCAUCUAUAACUAUCACAAAGCAUUGUGUGAUGUAUUUUGAGUUUUG